UGAAAUCAUCAUUACUCGAUAGACUUGGAAUAAAUCUCCUUUUUACAGAACUAUCGGCUAUAUUACUUCUGGUUCCGUGGCAUGAGAGAGCUAUUUAAUAAUUCACAUACUACUCAUAUUAAACGAAUCCCCAACGAUCCCGGCCAGUAAACAAUCCAGGUUAUCAAUUAUAAAAAUAUGCUACCUUACUCAUAUAUUUCUACUUUUUUAUUUACUUAUUCACUCCCAACUACGUUAUGGCGCCUAAUUCCCGUCUCAUCCUCACCCGCCACGCUCAGGCUGAGCACAACGUCGACCUAGACUACAGCAUCCACGACGCACCACUUACGCCUCUUGGCAAGAAACAAGCCGCGUCACUAGCCCGUCUAAUCCCAGACCUGCAAAAGGAGGCCGACGUAAUCAUCUCGUCGCCCCUACGGCGCACCCUGCAAACCACUUACCUUGGCUGGGCGCCGGCCGUCGAGCGUCUGGGUGGGUUGAAAAACGUGGUGCUCCUACCUCAAGCGCAGGAAUGCAACGGUCUCCCGUGCGAUACGGGCUCGGCAAAAGAGGUCCUCGAGGCGGACCCCGAGUUCGCGGUGUUUGAUCUUACGCCAUUGACGCCGGACUGGACUAGUAAGAAGGGCUUUUGGGCCCCGAGCGAGGAAGCGCUGACAGCGCGCGCUCGUUGGGUUCGUCAGUACUUGCGUGGUCGGAGUGAGAGGAAUAUCGUGCUUGUUGCGCAUGGCGAUAUUCUUAGGCGGAUUACGGCAGAUCCGCUGACGGGGCCGAGUGAUUAUCCCUGGAAAAAUGCCGAGGUCCGAAUCUUCGAGUUUGACCCGCAGUACGUCGAUACCGAAGAGUGCUUCCUAUACCAGAAGGAAAAUGUCGCAGCUGCUGGUGGCUACGGGCCGACGAGCACGGAACUAGAGAUUUAGCAAGCCGAGGGAAGGCUAUAGAGGUUUCAACGAUCAGACAGCUACGAAGAGUCGAGGUGGUUAGCUGUACUACUUCGAUUUAGACUCCAUUAUUAUUUAUAUUAGAUGAUAGAAUAUAGACGACUUUGUUGAUUUCAAUAUGGGGCUACUCUACCUCAUUCUGCAAAAUAUCUUAUUCGUGAUUAUGAGCUACCCUAGCAACGGAAGCAGCAGAUUU